AACAUUUCUCUACUGUCCACAAUUGCUUAAAUAAUCCCACCAUAGUUUUUCUCUUCAAUCGACUGUUUCUCUCUGUGUCUCUCUCUUCAACUCAUCGACCUUGACAACGUGAUCCAUCCGCAUCCUCAAGAGAAGAGUAUCAGGAUGGAGAAAGCAAGGCAUGUAUUUAAGGCCAAAGAAGAAUACUUCAUCCAGAACGGAGCAAUGUUACUAGAGAAGCAAAUCACUUGCAACCAAGGUAGAGAUACAGAGCCAAUCAAGAUUUUCUCUGCCAAGGAAAUCCAACAAGCUACUAAUAACUAUGAUCCUAAUCUAAUCCUCGGCUCUGAUAUCGCAACAAUCUACAAAGGAAUACUAGAUGAGAGGGAAGUAGCUAUUAAAGUGAAAGGCCCUCGAACAUUUUGUUCCACUGAGACGAUGGUAGAUUUCUUCUUACAACAAGUCACAAUAAAACAAUUGAUCAGCCACAAGAAUGUUGUGAGGCACUAUGGUUGUUGCCUAGAAACUGAAAUUCCCAUGUUGGUUCUAGAGUUCAUCCCCAAUGGCACUCUCUUUGAUCAGCUCCAUGGUCAACGCAACAAGAUUAAUUGCCGGAUCUCUUGGCUUGACCGUGUAAGAAUAGCCACUGAGACAUCCUAUGCUCUUUGUUACAUGCACUAUGGUAGGUUAAGGCCAAUAGUUCAUUUGGAUGUCAAAUCAACAAAUAUAUUUUUGGAUGAGUUCUUGACUGCUAAACUAUCAAAUUUUGGUUUUGCGGUUUCAAUUGCACCUGGAGAAGACUUUUUUCAAGGUAGUUCAGUUCGGGGAACUUACGGAUAUGUAGACCCUGAAUAUCAGGCGACAUUGCAGGUCACGGAUAAGUGUGAUGUUUAUAGCUUUGGGGUUGUACUGGUGGAAGUCUUAACAGGUCACUAUCCCACAGAAAUGUUCUUAAGGCAUAACAAUUUGGUAGAUUACUUUGUUUUGUCAAUGGAAGAGAACCGCAUAUUCCAAAUUGUUGCUGAUGUGGUGCUAGGCCAAGGAAGCAAUGAAGAUAUUCAAGCAUUUGUAGAGCUUGCAUUGAGAUGCGUCAAGAAUAAGGGAGAUGAAAGACCAAACAUGAGAGAAGUUACGAUAGAGCUUAGGCGGAUACUACAACUUGUGAUGUCAAAAGACUCAAAACUAAGUAACGAAACUGGUUCAGCUCUAACACGAUUAGCAUAAGUCUAUGUAAAAUUAACUUAGUUUUCAUUGUUGGCAUUAGAAGCCCAAUGUGUAUGGGAUUUUCAAGUCUUUUUACUGUCUACUAAGCUUGUAAAGUUAACUUUAUCAUA